AUGCAGCUGUAUAACGGCUUGCCUAUUAUUACCAACAAGAUUCCCUUAGAAGAACAGAAAGGCAUUCCGCAUCAUUUGCUGGGAGAGAUACCACUGAGUUCUAUACCAUGGCAUGUGGCAGAGUUCAAACAGAGAGCAACUACUUUAAUAGAUGAAAUCCGAGGCCGUGGCAAGUUGCCCAUCCUUGUUGGUGGUACUCACUACUACGUUGAUUCAAUCCUUUUCAACGACGCCAUUUUGGAUCAUGUCCAGGAUACAGAGUCACAAGAGUUUCCUAUUCUGGAUGAACCUACGGAUGUUCUUCUUGCUGAGCUGAGAAAGGUUGAUCCAGAGAUGGCUGAGAGAUGGCAUCCAAACGACCGUCGCAAAAUCCGGCGCUCACUAGAAAUCUAUUUGCAAACCGGAAAGCCUGCUUCAUCGCAUUAUGAGGAGCAAGAAUUACAACGAUCUAAACCUGCUGAGGACCCAGCUAGCCCUAGCCAACCUUGGGAGAAUUUGCUGUUUUGGGUAUUUACACAGCGGGAGGCUUUGUGCGAACGGUUGGAUAAGAGGAUAGAUGGGAUGCUCCAAAACGGCUUGCUGGACGAAGUUCGUGAACUCGCCGAGCAUAAACAACGCAUGACAGCUGGAGGUGUGGACGUUGACCUGACUAAAGGUAUUUGGCAAGCCAUUGGAUACAAACAGCUGGUACCGCAUGUGCUCUCACCUCCGAAGGAUAGCCAGGCUAGAGAGGCCUCAGAAAAGGCAGCUUUAGAUGACAUGAAGACCGCCACAAGACGAUACGCCAACUAUCAAAAUCGCUGGAUACGCCUCAAGCAACUGCCCAGGCUGCAGAGAUGCGGAGAGACCGCCAUCAAUAGCCUCUACGUUUUGGAUAGCACAGAUGUGAAGCUAUACAAUAAAAGAGUCAUUGAGCCAGCUACAUCGAUAGUCGGCCAAUUCCUCGCUGGAACACCGCUACCAAGUGCGAAAGAUUUGUCAGAGGUAGCGCGGGAUGUCCUACUCAAGGUUGGGGAGCCUGUGGUAAAGGAAACGGCAAAGCAGAGAACGUGUGACCUUUGCAAAACAGUCCUAGUCACUGAAGAAGCUUGGGAAAGGCAUAUUAAGAGCUCGGGUCAUAGAAAACAACUGAAGAAGAGCAAGAGAUUAGCACUUGUCCCAGUGGAAUCGGCAAACGACAGUGUGCAGCAGUCAGAUUCUGCUGAGGUCGACAUAGGCGACUUAUUUGGUCAGCCAUAG